AUGAUUCAGAUUGUAUCUACAUCUGUGUGAUGACAGGGCAGACAGGGAGAAAUGUCUCUGACUUUUGGGAAACGCUAGAGAAGUCUCCUGUUAUUAAUUACACAUUUUCCAGUAACACAUCUUCUGACCAGGACCUAGAUUUGAUUUUUUCAAGUUUCAUGAAUUUACAAGAAGACCCAAACAAAACAGUGGAUCCAUCAGCAGAACAAGUGUGGACAUUUAAAAAUACCAGGAGCCCUCUUGCCCUGAAAGGGGAGGAAACCCCCACCACGAGGUUCCCACCAUGGCUAAAGACGGUUGGAGUGAAAGGAUCAGAGUUUCCACCACCGCACGUGGACACUGCCAGACCACGAGGCACAGCCAGACCCCCUCUGACUUCUGAGGGGAGCUUGGCCCCAUCACCAGCCCUGCAGCCCAGCCCUGAUUUGCCUUCUUCACUACUGUCUACGCCGCCCUACAGGCCUGGUGUGGCAUUGAAAAUUUACUCUGCUACCAGGUGUCCACAGGCAAUCCUCAAAGAGUCUCGUGCGACCUCAUAUCCUGUCACUCUUAUAGUACAAAAGAUCAAUCCCUGUGUGAUGGAGCUGUGUAGGUUUUUUCAGCUGUGCCUCUGUGUCGGUCAGAGAAGAUAUUCAAGAACAGAAGCCAUGAGGUACUGUGUUGAGUACUAUUCCUGGUUCUUGAAAAGUGCAAGUUAUGUCUGUGAAAAAGUCAAAAGAGUUUCUUACUCACACAGCACACCAGUCCACUGUGUGACUUUUUCUUGUCUUUGGAUUAAGCAAAAAAUGAUUGUAACUCUGCUGGUGUCUAUGUCAAUGGUGUUGUACAGUGGUGGCCAAGAAUUGGAGCCACCAGCAUUCCUGCCAGAGCUUCUUAACACACCUGAAAGAAUCUUGAGCAAUGCCACAUUCUUCAAUGGAGUCUUUCAAAAUGUGGAAAGUGUUGCAAUAUUUUUUGACUGCCUGGGUUCUCACUUCACCUGGUUACAGUCCAUCUUCACUAACUUCCCUGCCCUGCUCAAGUUUGUGAACAAAAUGAAGUGUGCUACUGGUUUUUGUCCCAGGGAUUUUGAAGAUUAUGGUUGUUCUUGCCGGUUUGAGAUGGAAGGACUGCCGGUGGAUGAAGCUGAUGAAUGUUGUUUCCAGCACCGCAAAUGCUACGAAGAAGCAAUGGAGAUGGAGUGCACGUGGGACCCAUCAAAGAUUUCUACAGAUGUCAGCUGCUCUAUUGAAAACCUGAACUGUGAGUCUGGGGAUCCCUGUGAACAGUUCCUCUGCAACUGUGACAAAGAUGCCAUUGAAUGCUUUGUGAACACGCAUAUUAACUCUUCCUUGAACGGGCUGGAUAUCUCCUCCUGUCCAUCUCUGGUUACAGAAACAACCAGCAAGAGAGAGCUAACAACACUUCACACAGAGGAAUUCCUUCAUCAUGGGAGUGACAGAACACAGGCUGCAACUGCAUCCAUGGAAGAAGCAGUGAUUUCUUUUGAGCCCAAUGAGAUGGUCCUGGGGACUUCCAAAGCCAGAGCUAUCACAAGGGACCACAGGGGUACAACUCCCGCUUCCCCAGUCCUUUCGAUAAAAGAAGAGGAUGGAUUUGUGGAAGCUGUGGUCCCAAUGGAAGAGAUAAUCACCUCCCCAGCCUCAUUCCCAGGAGAUAUUAACUCAAUCCAAGUCAAAGUUGUCCCCACUGAGAAGGAUCCUGCUGGCAUAUCUGCAAGCACAAAAGAAAAAGAGACAAGCCGUGCAAGGGGUGGCCUGAGCACAGCUUCCUCUGGCAUAGCUCUGGAACUGGUACUGUCUGACAGGGGACCCAAUGAACCUGCAGGAAAAGUAUGUGAGCGAUUAACUUUUCUGCAAGACAGAGGAAAUGGAAGAGUGAAGAAGGAGCUGCCCCAACUAGGAGAAAUGCUGUUCUGUUUAACUGAGCGAUGCCCAGAGGAAUUUGAGUCUUACGGUUGCUACUGUGGACAAGAAGGAAGAGGUUAUCCUACUGAUGCACUGGACAGAUGCUGCUUCUCUCAUCACUGUUGUAUUGAACAAGUUAAGAAACUUGGAUGUCAUGUGGAAAAAAAUUCAAGAUCUGAAGUUGUAUGUCUUGAUCAUAAGCCAAAAUGUAUUGGUUGGAGCAUGUGUGAGAAACUACUAUGUGCAUGUGAUAAGACAGCAGCCGAGUGCAUGGCUUCUGCCUUCUUCAAUGAAAGCCUUAAAUUUCCACAUGGGCAAGAGUGCCAGGAGGAGAAAAUCUUAUGCCAAGGAGACCCUUAUGAAAGGCCUUCAAUCGGCACAGAAGCAGGCACCAGGAUUUCUAGCUCUGAGGAGAGCAGUGAGGAGGAAGGUCCACUGUGGAGUGUAUUAAGGAGAGCAAAGAGAGAGGCACACCAUCUCGUUGGAAACUCCAGAACUGUGCAACAUGAAGGCAGAUAACCAACCACCACCACACGCUUGAGAAACAG